AUGCCUUCUGAUGUUUUUAUUGACGAUGUGACACACGAUAAGCAUGAUUUUGACGGCGAUAUAUUUCUCUCCAGUGGAAUAAUGAGUCCCAGAGAACUGUACCUAACAGAGCUGUCACAGUGCAAUGAUGUCUUGGUUGAUCACAUGCAUUUCAAGGAGGCAUCAUCUUCAGACUCAGGGAUAUCCACCUUAGAUGACUUGCAUGAUGUUGCAAAUGUCACUGAUUUGAACAGCAUUUUGGACACAGAUUUCAAGGAGUUUGAUUUCUCCUUCGACUUUCUGGUGACCAAAGCUGAGCACGAUGAUGUCUUUGAUCCAGGGGUCAUAAUCAAAGCUGAACCAAGGUCUCCAUACUCCUACAGUGAG